UUGCACGUGUAUAUUAAAGCUGGUUCGAGUUUCUUCAAACAGUGUUGGUUUGACUCUUGAGGCUGUUGGAGGUUUUGCGUGCUGUACUUCUAUACAUAUAACAUUUGAAGAACAUUUUGGAUUCCUGCGUUUACUAAAGAUGCCAGGAGAAAGACAGUCAAUUCGAGAUAACUCUGCUGUCGGCCGAUUCCACGGCGUUUCAGCAAGGAAUGGAGAAGCCGUCGCGGAGAAACCCAGCGAGAGUAAAACGAAGAAACCGGAGAGCGGCUGCAGGCGCUGGCUACGAAAGGCUUGUCCAUGCUGCUUACGCCGACAGAGCAACUCUUAUGAUUUAACCAGUGAAGCGGAUGGUGUGGUUGCUGGAAAUGAAGAAAUCGAACAGCCGGCGUCUCCAGUGUCUGUCAGUGUAGAAACCAAUGUGGACGAUUUGUCUCUAGUGGUGCGAUCUGUGGAUCUGCUCAGCCGGAAAACUGACCGUAAUAAGAAGGAGCAUCACACGGAUCAGUACAGUGGAGAUCAGCUGAUCAUCCGCAGAGGACAGACUUUCCAGAUUGAGCUGGAGCUCUCACGACCCUUCAACCCAAACACCGAUAAACUACACCUGGAGCUGAAGACAGGAGCGCUCCCACUGGUGUCCAAAGGGACGCACAUCAUCAUCCCACUGGUGGAGGAGCUACAGGAUGAACGCUGGGAGGCCAAGAUUGUGGAGCAGAACCUCAACCGGGCCAAGCUGUCCAUCAACUCAUCCGUCAAUGCUGUUAUAGGAAAAUACACGCUGACUGUCGUAACCCAGUGUCUAAAGACGAACGAAUCUACCACACACGAUCCUGAAAAAGACAUUUACAUGCUCUUCAAUCCCUGGUGUGAAGAUGAUGCUGUGUUCAUGGAGGGAGAGAGAGAGCUGAAUGAGUACGUCCUCAAUGACACCGGCAGGAUCUACUACGGCACAGAGAAGCAGAUCGGAGCUCGGACAUGGAACUUCGGUCAGUUUGAUGAAGGGAUUCUGGAGGCCUGUCUGUUUGUGCUGGAUAACAGUGAAGUUCCUCCAUCAGGAAGAGGAGAUCCGGUUAAUGUUGUCCGGGUCAUUUCUGCCAUGAUCAACUCUCCGGAUGACCGUGGUGUUCUGGAGGGAAACUGGUCUGGGAAUUACACUGGAGGAACGUCUCCCACCGCAUGGAGUGGAAGUGUUGAAAUUCUCAAGCAAUACCACAGAGAAGGAGGAACGCCGGUCAAAUACGGACAGUGCUGGGUGUUCUCUGGAGUCACAACCACAGUGUUGAGAUGUCUUGGUAUUCCUGCCCGGUCCGUAACAAACUUCCAGUCUGCCCACGAUACGGAUGUGUCCUUGACCACAGAUGUGUAUUUUGAUGAGGAUAUGGAGCCGAUCCAUCAUCUCAACUCUGACUCCGUAUGGAACUUCCAUGUGUGGAAUGACUGCUGGUUGGCACGUCCGGAUCUGCCUCCUGGUUUUGGCGGGUGGCAGGCGGUGGACUCCACACCUCAGGAGACCAGUCAUGGGACGUUUCGCUGCGGUCCGGCGUCUCUGGCUGCGGUUCGCUCUGGACAGGUCUAUCUCAAAUACGACGUGCCGUUCGUCUUCGCUGAGGUGAACAGUGACAAGAUCUACUGGCAGAGAAACCUGGACGGCACCUUCAGUCAGAUCCACAGUGAGAAGAAGGCUGUGGGUCACUGCAUCAGCACUAAAGCUGUGGGCUCCGAUGAACGAGUCGACAUCACAGACGUCUACAAAUACCCUGAAGGCUCAGAGGAGGAGCGUAUCGCGGUGGAAACGGCCUGUCGGUAUGGCAGUAAGCCGGAUGUGUACUCGAGCGCCAUGGCGGAGGACGUGCAGGUGGAGGUGCGGAUGGAGGGAGAAGGUCCUCGUAUGGGUGGAGAUGCUCAGUUGAAGAUUGUGGUGAAGAACAUGAGCUCUCAGCCACGCAGAACCACCCUUCACAGCCAGGCGGCAGUCAUGUACUACACCGGCGUGCUGAAGGACACCGUGAAGAAGGACAAGCUCAGUGUGGAGCUCAUGCCACAGGAAGAAAAGGUCAUCGAGUGGACCCUGCCUUACACACAGUACCAGAAUCAGCUGGUGGAUCAGGCUGCGCUCAUGCUGACUCUGUCUGGAAGGGUCAGUGAGACCCAGCAGGUUCUGGCCAACCAGACAUCCUUUAGGCUCCGCACACCUGACCUCCAGAUUGAGCCCAUCGGAGAGGCGUAUGUGGGUAAAGAGGCGUCUGCCAAGAUCAGCUUCACCAAUCCUCUGCCCUGCACUCUGCGUAAUGUGGUUGUCCGAGUGGAAGGACUGGGGCUCCGAGACCUGCAUCCCAUCAAAGUCGGUGAUGUGGGCAAGCAUGGUAAAGUAAUGGUGACGGAGCACUUCAUCCCAUCUAUAGCUGGCGAGAGGAAGCUGGUGGCGUCACUGGACUGUAAACAGCUGACGCAGGUUCACGGUGUGGCCGAUAUCAUCGUUCACGAAAGCCAGUGAUUUCACACUCUCUAGCUUCACAGCAUUAAUUCAGUAUUCAGAACUGCAUUAACCAUGUUUACACUGAGCUACCAGGUCAUUUCUUUAAAAGCUCGUCAUCUUUAAAGGAGGGACCCUCCCUUUCGCAUAGUUUUAUUGGAAAUGUCCCACUUUUCCCAAUUGUUCCUACUGUAUUUCUCUAAUUUUACAGAUCACCUAUUUACAGAUUAUUUAUUUAGCUUUGCUUUACUGUUUGUAUUACCUGCUUUUGAAAAAAAAAAAAACAUUUAGAGGUAUUAUCUACAUUCACCGGCCACUUUAUUAGGUUCACCAUGCUAGUACCGAGUUGGACCCCUUUUUGUGUUCAACUGCCUUAAUCCUUCAUG